AUGCCAGGCCCGGCUGUGGACGCGGAGAAGGUCCCCUUCCGCAGCGCCAAGGAGGAGAUCCGUGCUGGGGUCGGGGUCGAGGGCUCGGAGGGCGGCGGCGGCGGCGGCCCGGAGAGGCCGGGCGCGCGCGGGCACCGGCAGGACAUCGUCUGGAGGAACGUCUUCCUGAUGAGCCUGCUCCACUUGGCGGCCGUGUACUCCCUGGUGCUCAUCCCCAAAGCCCAGCCGCUCACUCUGCUCUGGGCCUACUUCUGCUUCCUCCUGACUGCUCUGGGCGUGACAGCUGGUGCCCAUCGUUUGUGGAGCCACAGGUCCUACAAGGCCAAGCUGCCCCUGAGGAUAUUUCUGGCUGCUGCCAACUCCAUGGCUUUCCAGAACGACAUCUUCGAGUGGUCGAGGGACCACCGAGUCCAUCACAAGUACUCGGAGACGGACGCUGACCCGCACAAUGCCCGUCGGGGCUUCUUCUUCUCCCACAUCGGCUGGCUGUUUGUCCGCAAGCAUCGGGACGUCAUUGAGAAGGGGAGGAAGCUUGACGUCACCGACUUGCUGGCUGACCCCGUGGUCCGGUUCCAGAGAAAGUACUACAAGAUCACCGUGGUGCUCAUGUGCUUCGUGGUCCCCACGCUGGUGCCCUGGUACAUCUGGGGGGAGAGCCUGUGGAACUCCUACUUCCUGGCCUCCAUCCUCCGCUACACCAUCUCACUCAACGUCACCUGGCUGGUCAACAGCGUCGCCCACAUGUACGGAAACCGGCCCUAUGACAAGCACAUCAGUCCUCGGCAGAACCCGCUCGUCACCCUGGGCGCCAUCGGUGAAGGUUUCCAUAACUACCAUCACACCUUUCCCUUUGACUACUCUGCGUUUGGCUUAAAUUUCAACCCAACCACCUGGUUCAUUGACUUCAUGUGUUGGCUGGGGCUAGCCACUGACCGCAAACGGGCAACCAAGCAGAUGAUCGAGGCCCGGAAAGCGCGGACUGGAGACGGUAGC